UACUCUAAAAUACUAUCAACUUUUAAAUUUCUACUUUCGCUUUUAGUAUUGGGUCAAGGAUUUCAGAUUGAAGUCUUUAGUCUAAAAAUCUAGAUCUCGUAUAGAUCUAGAUAUUUACCUGUAAAUCUAUUUGUCUAAUAAUAAUAUCUAAUAUUAUACAGUAUAGAUAGUAACAUAACAUAGUAUAGUUAAGAAUAGUAUUAAUAGACUAGAGUCUAGUCUAGACUGAGACAUUAUUAUACUAGUCUGUUUACUGCAGCAGCUGAUCGAGAGACCCCAGAUUCACAGAUUGCAAAUCAAAUGGAAAAGGCAGUUGACAGACUGGAGUCGCUGUUUCAAAAAGCAGAGGCCGACUUGAACUUUAUAUCAAGAAAGCUUGAUUUUCAGCUUGAAAAUGAACAAGGAGUUAAUACAAAAAAUAAUCCUGUGCGACUCUUAAAAGCCAUUGAAGAGGUCAAAACAGAGUAUUCAUCUCUGGUUGAAGACAUGAGUGCUAUCCAGCAAGCUCAGAAAGAAACAGUUGCCUUCUUCCGAACCCAGCUGCUUACAAUGACACAGAUGUUAGAGAAACUGGAAAAUCAGACAGGGGUUAACCCUGAAAUGACGGAGGCCACGGUGUCCAUGUUUGAAGAACUAUCCCAACUGAUGGGUAUCCCCAAAGAUGACCUCCUGCCAUCUGAAGAACAGAACCAGGAGGACUCUAAAACCUGUGCCUCGAAUGACCCAGGUACCACAGCAUCUUCAGCCAGUUCACAGCAACCAGCAACAACAAAUCAAACAGAUUUUCAGCAAACUAAAGUGACAGUACCUACACCUUUUGAGCGCAGACAAAACAGUUCAGAAUUCCAGGAGCUGGACCAGGAAGAGUUCAUGUCUGUGUCAGAGCUAAUCAGGGCUAGAGCUAAGUUUGAGGAUGUUAACAGGACAUACAGACUGUUGUGGCAGCAUUUUAAAGAAGAGGGAAAUACGAAAGCAUUAACACCAAAGGAAAUGAACACAAUGGGCUUACGAGUAACAGGGGCCACUGGAGAUGCCAAACUUAAAAUUUUACGUGCCCUCAAACUAGCCCAGAUCAGCAAGACAGGAGAAGUUAAACUAACAUAAAAAUGGGGUGCGAGUGUAAAAUAUAACAUAAAUAUUAAUAAAUCUAAGGACCUAAAGAAAUGUCAAAAUAAUUUAAUAUCAACAUUUUUCGCUUUAAAAAAUGAAUUGAAAUUUUUAUAUCAAAUCGAAUUCCAGUUAACUGUAACUGUCUGUGCAGUAACUACCCAAAUCAUGAAUCAAGGAAAACGCAGUGAAGAUUUUUAAACAGAUGGUAUCAGUUUAAAUUAACUUAAAUAUGAUCUGUUUUGAGUGAUUGAUCAUUAAGUUAACAAUUCAUAAGUUUGAUAUUUCUAGCCAGUGCCUAAACCAUAUUUGUACAUAAUGAUCUAAAUUACUGUACAUUGUUAACUCUACAUAUAUUUUGGUAGCUAACUAAAUGUUAGUUGCUGACUCAGAUAAUUGUAAAUAUUUAAUUAUACAGGUAGACUUUUAAUGGUUAUAUCACAUUGAAUAAUGAUAUUGUGGUCAAGAGGCUAAGCACACAUAUAGGUUUCUUUGAGAAAAAAAAAUCAUACAUACGCUAAAAGUUUUUUUUUUACAGUCUUAAAAGUAACAAACUAAUAUUCUUUUUAUAAACACGCUAGAAAAAUUUCAAAUUUUCUCAUAAUCCCCUUUUUGGAUAUACAUAUCAGUAAAACAAUCAAUAUUUUGUUACUGUUGGUUCACCUGUUAUGUCAGAGUUAAGAAUGCUUUAAGACUAACUAAAAAACAUACAAUCAGCUAGAGUUGUAAAGCAAAUCAAACUGGCAUGGAUGGAUGGUCACAUUGAAAUCAUGCAGUUUAGAAUGUAUUUUUUUAAGUAAAGCCUCACUGAAAUUCUGUAAUACAUUAACACUUUUGGAUAUAUGUCUUUAAGUCAAAAUCUUUUGAAAUCAGACGUGGUACAUUAUUUUUUAAAUUUACUUUUCAACCCAACUGUAAAUACUUCUUUCAUUACAAUUUAUGUUUUGUUUUUUAUUUAGUCAAAGCCCAUGUGUUCAAAUUUAUUUUGUCUGUGCACUAUUGAAUAACUGGGGGAAAAUUUAUUGUUUUAUCUUAACAUUUGUAUUACAAGAAAACAAAGCAGAGACAGCUUUGUUAGUAAUGUUAAUGUAA